AGCCAUUUCGGCUCAAGUUUUGGCUUGGGCUCCUUUAAGUGACCAGAGGCUCCCGCCCGCCCCUCAGCCCGCGCCGAGCUCUGCUGCCAUGGCGCCCCGGCGGCCCAUCCUCGCGUGCGCGCUGGCGGCCGCGGCCGUGGCCCUGUGCCGCAGGGGCGCCGGCUUCGUGGGCUCGCCCGCGCCCAGCUGCCAGCGCGGCGAGCGCGUGGCCGCGCGCGUGAGCGCGGAGUACCUGGAGCGCUGCGGGCCGAAGGACGCGGAUGUGGCGUUCGACGCCUCGGCCGCCACUGGCCCGGGCCCCACCGUCACCUACAAGAAGCGCCCCUUCGGCAUCCUGCGCUACCAGCCGGGCAACGGCAUGAAGGGCGCGAUGGCCAUGGAGGUGAUCCCGGUGUCCCGGUACCCUGGGGACCCCCAGGGCCAGGCGUUCUCCGCCGGCGUGGCGGGCGGCAUGGUGGUGAAGUCCAUCGCUGGCGCGGAGGUGUUGACGGAGGACUUCGGCAAGAUCAUGGACCUGCUCGACGACGAGGUGGCCGACCCGCGCUUCUCGAAGUCCACCGCGCUCGCCCUGGAGAAGUUGGGGAGGAAGGCGGACGCCGUGGAGCCGCCCAUCGAGGUGGUCUACGCGACCGUACCGGGCUACGUGUACGCGGGCGCCGAGAUGAAGGCGGACGGCCAGGACGGCUUCGCCCGCUGAGCCCUCGCGGGCCGCAGGGCGACUGCCUGCCAGCGCCGGUCGUGAUUAAGAUUAUCGCCACCAAUCUUUUCGGCGCCCCAGCGCCUUUCUUUAACAUGACCGCCUUCGCUUGCGCUCAGUUGUGAAAGACCACGGGCGGCAGUGAGCGAACUUUGAAAGCACGACAUCCCGCCCUCCCAUCCUCAAUUUUUCUGCACAACCCAUGCGGCCGCGGUUGUGCUGAGUACUUGGCACUGGUUGGAUCUCUGCGGCUGCGCUAGCGCGCGCAAGCUCGCGCGCGGGUGCCACGUAUGGGGGUGCAAGCUAUGCGCUGCGACCUAAGGCUAGCAAUCAAUGUGGUGCAGUCUAUGUUGAGCAAGUUCUGUGUUCAGUGUUGUUUUAGGCAGUCUAUGCGGG